UCCUUAAAGUAAAAAAAAACCCAACCAAUCCGCCAUUAUUUCGUUUCUGGCUAUGCCACAUAGAGCAGAACAAGUGAGGGAAGAGUAAACGUUUUGGUCGUUUUUGGUAGAGAGAGGAAACUUGGGUGAUUUGUUUCCGCCGUUCGCUGUUUUGUUGUUUGCGAUCGACAGUCAUUUACUGCAAAAUUAAGGCACGAAGGCGAUUACUCAGCCUGGUUCUCAGACAGUCCAAGAGCGCGCUCGUGAUUUUGACGGAUAUUUGAGCAAUUGGAUUCAGAGAUAUUCAUCAUUCUGUGAGUUUCUCUAUAUUUAUAGCAACAAAAUCUGGAUGUUGUGCUGAGAAAGGCUUGGAAGCCAUAGAUCCUGCAAAGAUGUGCAUGAUACGUACGAAUCUUCAAGGCAAUAACUCGCUGCAAAAAAGGCAGAUCGUACUUGAUUGGCUAUGUAGACAUGCCAAACCAAAUGAAAGUGACCUUCAAAGCAUCCCUUAUUAUCUUAGUGGAUACAAAGUAUGCAGUACAGCAUACCGCGUGGUUUUUGGACUUAGCGCAGCAGCUUUAAAUGAAACGUUUCGCAAUUUUCACGCUGGUGUGAGAGUUUUGCAAAAAUCAAGGAGCAAGAACUUAAGUCACAAGAGACUCAUGGCCGAAACUUGGAUGGAAGCAUUCUUCAAAAGGAUUGGCGAUAAGAUGCCUGACACGGGAGCAUUGUAUCUUCCAAGCUUUCUGGACAAAACCAUCAUGUUUGGUUAUUUGAAAGCUGAUAUGGAAGAUGAGAAUGAAGAUGUCAUCCAUUACAGUACUUUUUGUCAUCUCUUGAGAGAUGUGUUUCCUAUUGUUAAAAUACCCAAGGUAAACCGAUUUACAAGAUGUGCAUGA